GGUAAAGAUGAUUUAGAGCCACUUAUAUACAAGAAUUCAAAGUAUAUCGAGUCCGCCAUGUUGAAUUCCAUCAAAAAAGCUAGGUACGUCGUAUACUGUACGAGGAGACAUCUCUCCUCGACAAUGACAUGUUGCUAUGUUAUUGCGAGGAAGAUAGAGCGUUCGCGCUUUUCGACAAGGCUACGACAAAGGCUGCUACACGGCGAGACAUCCGUAUGAGAGUGUGCACCACCAGGCUCGAUGGCGAAACCAGAGCGGCUUCGCUUUACAAUUCUGGAUGAUUUGAUACUUUUACGAGAAGUUUCGAGGCAGAACCCAUAUGAGGAGAGCGACAGGUGGAAAACCGUUGCCGAGCGAGUCGUGAACGCGACGCAGAAGAACUUUAGUUUACGUUGCGUCAAAGAGCACGUCGAUCACCUUCUAAAAAUCUGGACUAGAGAAGGCCGCGCACAUUUGAAGAAGUCAGGGACUGAAGAACAGUACAAUGAAAAAGAAAGUUUGCUACAGCAAAUACAAGACUUGCAAAAAGAAUUUAGGCGUUCUGGCAAAGGCUCUAAUGCACAGAAAUCAAGACAGAGAGAUGUGACUUUAGAGAAUAUUUCUGAUACCCUAGAAGUGAUAAUAGAAGAACCGACUGUACCAACGGUAGCAUCUAUACCUUCAUUCACAUCUUCAACAUUCUUGCCAAUUGCUUUACCAUCGCCAACUUCAUCAUCUUCAUCUUCGUCGUCGACUCCACUAACUUCAGGGAGCCCAUUGCAGUCACCAAACAUGUCACCAUCGAGAACAGGUGGCCCAAUAAGAAACAAAAUACGCCACGAUGCGUUGAAGAAGUCGACGUUGCAUUUUUUGCAAGAAAGACAUAAAAAGGAAGUAGAAUUUCAAGAGAAACAAUUCCACUUGGAGGAGAGGAGAAUUCAACUCGAGGAAGAAAAAUUUAAAAUGGAAAGAAAAGAACGCGAAGCAAGACUUGAAUUGGAAAUCGAAGAAAGGAGACAAAGGAUCGCUGUAUCCAAACAGAAACAAGAGAUUCUCGAAAUAUUGUUACAAUUAAUACAUAAACCUUGA